CAUGCAACAGCAAGGUGUGGUGGAACCUCCAAGUGUGUAGCUGUAAAGACAGGUCCAUAAUGACAGAAAACUGCUCAAUGGUCCAUGUUGAAGUGCUGAUGCAGUCUGUGCAGUUGGUCAUAUAUGUGCCUACCUUUGUGUUUGGGCUGGUCCUGAACACCCUUGCACUGGUAGUCUUCUGUGUUCUUCGAAAAUGGAACGAGUCCACCAUUUACAUGACCAACUUGGCUCUGAUGGACCUGCUGCUGCUCCUCCUGUUGCCGUUCAAAAUGCAUGCCGUAAAUAACCAGUGGAACCCCAGUAUGAAGUUGUUCUGCUCCUUUUUGGAGAGCAUGUAUUUUGUGGGGAUGUAUGGGAGCAUCUAUACCAUCACUUGCAUUGCUAUGGACCGCUACGUUGCCAUUCAGCAUCCAAUGCGUGCAAAAGAGUUUCGGUCGCCAAAGGCUGCCAUCAUUAUCUGUGUAGUCAUCUGGUUUCUUGCGCUGGGGGCCACGUCACCUGUCUACAGCUUCCAUAACGACAAAGAAGAAAAGUUUCGCUGUUUCCAUGGCUUUUCGGAUGCAGGCUGGAAGCCUGCUCUCAUAGGCUGUGUGGAAGUGUUUGGCUUUCUGCUUCCAGCAGCCGUGGUGGUGGUGUGCUCUAUAAAGAGCAUCCGCACACUCAAGCAGUCACAGGGACAGAGCGUUAAGAGUCGUGCCGGCGAGAGGAUACUGUACAGCAGCGUGUGUGCCUUUCUGGUGCCCUUCACCCCCUAUCACCUGGGAGUCUUUCUGCAGUUUCUUGUGCGCCGAGAAAGCAUCACAGCCUGCCAGUCAAAGACUAGCAUUGCGCUGUUUGUGCAGAUUGCCAUGUGCUUGGCCAAUGUCACUUGCUGCCUGGAUGCCCUCUGCUAUUACUUCAUUGUCAAGGAAGUUCGCUGUUCCAAGGACACCAUCAGGCGCUCUAUAAGCAAGAGGACUACCAGCACAUCAGAAGUGUAGUGCGAUUGAUAUUGUGAAUUUACUAUAAAAAGCACCUUUUGUACCCCCCCCCCCCUCCAGUUUUAAAAGACCACAUUUCAAGAGGGAGAAGACUAAGAGGGGGAAAUAAUAUUUGUGUCCAAAGAGGUUAUACCAGUGGUUAUGGUGUAAUUUAAACAUUUGUUGUAUUCACCACAUAUUUAAAUGUAGUAUCUUCAAGCUUCAUAGGCUUCAUAGGCUUGACUAAUAUUAAGCAUUAUUAAUUGUUACUCGUAUUUCUAUAUACAGUAUUCCAGAAAUGUACAAAUGUCAAAUGCAUUACUAGUCAGCUUGUUCACAUGUUAAUGCAUUAGUUUAUAUGUUUAGAUCUAUGCUAGAAUUCACCAUGCAAUUUCAUUAAUUUAUCUAUAUAAUUUUUGCACCCCUCAUAUAUAUUGUUUUUUGUCUGAAGUACUCUUACCUUUUCAGUUUUCUACUUAAACAUCAAAACAUUUCUGCUUCACCUCUUAUUCGCCUGCAAUUUCCAAUAAUGGUCAUCUAUGUUAUAAAAUAAUAGGUAAACUUAAAAAAAAGAAAGAAAAACUCCAUUGUGCAAAGAAAAAAAAACAUUUGUAAUUUGAGACAAAAGAAUGUGAAUUUGUGAUUGUUUUGAAAAAAAGUGACUAAAUGGUGUGGUGUCUUUGAAAAAUAGAGCUUUAUAGUUUUAUAUAAAACUUUAAUAGUUUUGAGAACGUUAAUUUAUGAAAAUGUGCUCAUGCAAGUUAUUAUACAAGUUAUUGUAAUAAUGAAGGCUUUCCCAGACAGCCUUAUGCAUGUGUCUGCAUCAGUGGAUUGCUACUCCAUCAACCUAAAAGGCACUGAAAACCACAUGCGCAUGUUUUGAAGCGUGUUCGAAACCAGAGGUUUGCAGGUAUCAAAACCUCUUCUUGCUGUUUGAGUUAUAUUUCUCAUAGUUGAACUGGGUUGUUUCCUGAGUCUCUGCUGCAUGGUGGCAAGAUCAGGUCUCUGUACGUUUCUGAACCACAAUCAUAUGUGCAAUGGGCAACACAUGGCAUACAAUUACUGGUGUCCUUGGUAAAGCUAAAUAAUUACAAAUUGUUGAAUUGUUGAAUCUCACUGAAAAAAAGAACAAAAUGCCUAGUCAAAAAAUAUUUAUCUUUAACAAAAACUCUGCCAACUCUGCAUCAAUACAACCUUUGUAUAAAUUCUCUUUGCCAAGAAGAAAACACAGGUUGAAGUAUACAGUGCAGGGAAUAUGAGACAUUCCUCUUUAUCGCUUUAUAUGGCCAGUACUCAUGGGGGAAUUCUCCCCUUCGCGCAUGAAUAAUGUGUAAGCUUUUUUUACACGUUUUAGUUGCGCACUUCUGUUUUGCGUGUAUUCUGCUGUCUCAGCUUCUGACACACCCACAUCGCGCAAGUUCGAAAUGAAGGCGGCCUUAUGAAAGAGUUGUGGACUUUCUCAUUGACCGCCUGAAUGCCAUUUCAAUUAAAAAAAGAACAGCAACCAGUUUUGAUUUUAAAGACGUAAGCAAGGUGAACUGAAUAAAGAACGGCCUACAGUAAAAUGGUGUGUUAUCUCAUAGCUUAACAAAGAAAUGACUUCACGAAAUUUCACUUUUGCUUUGAAGUUUGUUUAUAAAGAGUCAAGCCGUGCUUGAUGUGUGUAUUCAUAAUUCAAAAACUCACUGUUGACAAAGAAAGUUUCGCUGGCAGCUGCUUCUAAUAAUAUCAAUUUAUCCACUAUACGAUUGUAUAGACUGACACCUGCAGCUUCAAAUACAGUAGAGACUGGCAUAACAACGUCAAUCUCCAUUACAAACGAAUCAGGAGACAUAAACUAUGCUGCUCGGCUGUAGUGCAGACGUCUGUGCAAAUGUAUAGAUGACUUAAAGUAGGAAAGAUACAGACAGAUUGGAAUGAAGUAGGCUACAGUAGGGUAUCGGAUUAUUCGGAUUUCACGUCAAGCUAAAACUGAAAACCGGAGCGCGUAGCUGGAAAUGUGCGUAAGUCAUGGCAGAAUGCGCACAAGAGUUGUAUAAGAAACGUACAGAUUUUGGGUUGCUCCUCCCAAAACACGUAACUCCCUAGUCUGGUUUUCACCAUACUAAGCUCAAUCUUUUAAGAUUGAACAUUAGUCUGGGGAGGCUGCGCUUCGUUUCUACUGCACUUUGCGUCGCUUAAGUUUCGUUAUCGUCUAUAGCCUGAGCUGCCGGGCGAAAUUCAAAUUCCCCGGAAGUUCAGGCAGGGUUCACCCAAAGCCAUCGAUAUCUCAAAGUUGUGUCAGCCGUUGACCUCGCUGUUAGAGCCAGAUUAGAGCGGUCACGUGGUUAGUGGUAGUCUCAGUAGUUCCUUUGGUCCCUGGUUUACUACGGGAUUGACAGCAGCGAUCGCAUUAAUAUUUACGGUAAGUACUCAAUGAAAAUUACUAUAAACUGCAGUGCCACAUAUAUUACUCACUGAAAAUGCAUUAUUAUGCACACAACCAUAAGUCAUGUAGAAAAGUCUUAUGAUAACACCUGAGAUAUUCAUUCAUUCCCCCAUUGAGAGGAACUAUUGAACAGCCAUGACAUACCGGAUGUGCCGCCAUUUUUUGGACACGUGAGUGAAUGGUUGUGUCGCAACUUUGAGAUUGUGGGUGCCUCUCAUUAUGCCUCCUCGAUCCUCGAUGCUCGAUCCUCGAGGGGCGUUCCCACUGAUCUAUAACUAACACUGGAUAGACUAUCCCAUUGUUUCCCCCCCAUCAUUCUUUAUGUAGAUCAGUGAGGAUCGAGGCAUCGAGGAGCGAGGGAGGACGUAUAAACGCUACAUGAAACGCACCCAUUGAUGGCUUUGACCCACCCUCCCUUGUAACUCCCUCUAUCACGCGUAAAUGACAGACUGAAGUGAACGGUGCGUUUUUUACUUACCUGCCCUUACGCGCAUGGGAGAAUCCCCCCUAAGUAUUUCAUAUACCACCAAGAGUACUUGCACUAGUUACAGUUUUUUUGAUUGCUUUGACCUGGUUGAAGAAACUGGUGACCUCUCAGUCUUCAUCAUCACUCUCUCAGCAGAGCAAAAGACACCUCUUGCAAAUGAGUUAACCCAUUGUCAUUGUUUUGACACACUUCCCGCACCCUUUUGCAAAUCAGUUAACGCAGAUGUCAUUCAAGCAGUCCAAACUCCAUUGCUUUAGCUGUGGUAACCAAACAGAAACUAUAUGUUCCCAUCUCUUAGAAACUUCUUGCCCAGUAUGAAAUCACUCAAGCACCUGUUUGACACUGCUUCACAAAACUUUUCAAUUUGCAAUCAUUCUGCAGGCUUAAAAGGUGCCAUGUUGUGUGUUGUAACUUGCAAGCAUAGAUGGUCAAGGCAGAUGAGAGUGAGAGUAAGAAUUGACCAGAAGAGAUUUUUUAUUUUUAUUUUCCUUAUGUCUUACACAGUGAUGGAUUUUACUGGAUUUUUUUCUUUCAUACUAUAUAUGUGGUUUCUGAUGGAAUAUUUCACUUCUUAGCCACAAUCUCAAAAAAAAAAAAAAAAAAGAAUGAAUACUGCAUUCAAUAAAAUUUGAAAAAUCA